AUGGCUGCAAGUGUGGAACCGGACGAUGUCCACACCAUUACCCCUGAGAUGCCAGCCAUGUUUGAUGGCAUGAAACUGGCUGCCUUAGCAACAGUACUUUAUUUCCUGGGCUGUCUGAAUCUAAAGAGCCCCAAAGCGCCACCUGAUGUUAACUAUCAGGAUACACCCCUCAACCGCUACCUGAUCAAAUCCUGUCCCAUUUUGACCAAAGAAUACGUGCCUCCUCUGCUGUGGGGGAAAAGCGGACACCUCCAGACAGCCCUAUAUGGUAAGCUGGGACGUGUCCGCUCCCUGACCCCCAGUGGGCUGCGCAAGUACCUCCCCAUGCAGGACCGGGCCACCGCCACUUUUGACCUCUUCGAGCCACUGGGGGACCACCACACUGGAGACGACAUCACCAUGGUGAUCUGCCCGGGGAUUGGGAACAGUGAGAAGCACUACAUCCACACCUUCAUGGAUCACACCCAGAGGCAGGGCUACAGGUGUGCUGUGCUCAACCACCUGGGGGCGCUGCCCAACAUCGAGCUCACCUCGCCGCGUAUGUUCACCUACGGUAAGAUUCCCGCCAUGGCGGGUUACAUCAAGUGGGCCUUCCCCCAGACUUUGCUCAUUGUGGUAGGCUUUAGCCUGGGGGGCAAAAUCGUGUGUAAGUUCCUUGGGGAGAACCGGACCAAUCAAGAGUGCUGUGUGAGUGUCUGACAAGGAUACAGCGCGCUCAGGAAGUUCCAUGGUCAGAACACGCUGAAAGGCUACAAGAAGGAGCGCUGCCCACACUACAUUUACAAUGUGAGUGAACAGACCAGGGCAACUGUGCCUCUUUUAGUCUACGCUUCUGACGACCCUUUGGUGCAUCAGUCACUGCUGACUGUCCCACGCACAUUCGCAAUAAUUAUCAUCAAGAAACAGAAUGUGAUCUUUGCCCUGACGCUCCACGGGGGUCACCUGGGCUUCUUUGAGGGAGCCGUGUUGUUCCCCCAGCCUCUGACCUGGACGGACAAGGUCAUCGUGGGCUACGCCAACACCAUGUGCCAGUGGGAAAGACACGACCUCCCCGCCGCGGUCCCUGUAAACAGGACAAAGGCGAAGCUUAAUGCUUAAAUAGCCACACCAGGGGUAAAAACCUUGAGCACUUAGAGUACACACACAUACACAAACAAAGGGAAUUCUGACUCUUUAUCUACCUCUUACUCCAUCCUGUGGCACACCUGUCAACCAAGAGUGCGGUCAGUCACUAUCUGUCCCUCCAUUUAAAGGGACUGAAGUGUAUAGGGGAACGAAUAUGCACACGAGAGAAGGCCGGACCAGCGUCUUUCCCAAGGGUGGAAGUAGGGCAAAAUAGCUUGAUGGCUAAAUGGGCAAAGUAGCCUUUUCUGACUUGGGUGGAGUGUAGCUUAGACGGCACAUUCGUUUAUGAAGGACCUUCCUCAAAGCAGACCACUGCUUUCCUCUAGACGUGAAUGGCUACCAGACUGACUGUUGGUUUAGAGUUCUGUUCUUUCAGUGGAAAUGGUGAAGGGAUGACUUUGUGUCUCAACAAGCGCUCUUGGUUUCAACAGUUGAAUUGCUGCUUGGCCUUGACUCUACCAGCUCUGUUCUCAGUAUAGGCUUCUAGUGGCCUCUAGUGGCAAAAAGGCAGUUGAAUCAAAUAAUGAAAUAACAGACAACGCCAUUAACGGUUUCCACCAUUUAAUGUAGUCAACUGAGACUUCAAGCAUACUGAUGAGCCUGAUGGUGUCAUGUCCAACUGGGUUAUAAUGAGGGAUCAAACAAUGAUGUCAAGUAUAUGGACUGCUUCAACAUGGAGAUUGCCUUAACUGGAAAUAUAUAGGGAAGCUCACUAUCACUCUCUGUGGUAACCAUGUGGUGAAUUGUUGUUGUUAGCUGGAACCAACAAGCGUAAAUAUGAUUGAGGGGGUUGAAUGUAUUUGAAACUCUGAAGGCUCCUGUUAAGCAGAGAGAUUGGUAUUUCUACACUACCCUUCAAAUGUUUUGGGUCACUUAAUGUCCUUCCAUGAAAACAUACAUGAAAUUAGUUUAAAUAGGAUGUAUAGCUAAAUGAAUGAGUAAUAUAGUAAUUGACAAGGUUAGAAAUAAUUAUUGUCCUUCAAACUUUGCUUUCAUCAAAGAAUCCUCCAGUUGCAGCAAUUAAAGUCUUGCAGGCCUUUGGCAUUCUAGUUGUCAAUUUGUUGAGGUAAUCUGAAGAGAUGUUUCCUAAAGCCCCUCCCACAAGUUGGAUUGGCUUGAUGGGCACUAUUGAGCUGUUGCUGCUCCACAUCAGUUCAAUAGGGUUGAGAUCUGGUGACUGUGCUGGCCACUCCAUUAUAGACAGAAUACCAGCUGACUGCUUCUUCCCGUAAUAGUUCUUUCAUAUUUUGGAGCUUUGCUUUGGGUCAUUGUAUUUCACUACUUUGACAUUUUGGUCUCUGAAAUCAGCACCCUCUCUACUACAGUUAAGAAUACAUCACAAAAGACUUCUAAGACACAUGACAGUUUCUGUUAAAAAGGCCAAAAAAAUUACAAUUACUGUAAAAUGACUUGCACAUCAAUGCAUUCUGUUUAGAUUUUUUUUUUGUACUUAAAGCUCAGCACUGGCGUAGCAUGUUGAUGCCUGACCAGAGUGCAAGCUGUCCUUACAGAUGGAGCAAGGCUAUACACCUUUGAAUUUGAAAUUACCCUCAAAGCACCACACUCACUAUCUUUUUCAUGGCAGUUUGUGAAAAAAUAUGUAUGAUUAUUUGAUUCAAGCUUUAGCAGGAGGUCAUGAUGUGACCAAAGUUCUUUCAAUGCACUGUUUUCCACAAGUUACUGUUAUAAAUGGCUACAUGACAGAAGAGCUGCUCGACUGAGAGCCUGCUUGGAGAACCUGGGUUAUGACAUGAGCCACCCUCAUCUUUCCCUGUGGAAUUAAUCCUUUGUUUGCCUUAUUUUUUAUUCAAACACCUGAUGUACCAUGACAUUAUAAUGUUGAAUCAAUUCUUGGCGUGAUGUACGAAGUAAAA